GCAGGGUUCUCCGGGAAAUGUGGUCCCUCCGUGCGGCCCGGGCGGUGGCCGUGAGUCCUGCAGCCCCGGCGGCCCAUCCGGCCUGCACUCGGGAUGGCUGGGCCGGGCGGCUCGGGGGGAGCCAUCGGGGCUGGGGCUCUGGCAGGAGGGGUGCGCUCCAAGGUGGCCCCGAGUGUGGACUUCGACCACAGUUGCUCAGACAGUGUCGAGUACCUGACGCUCAACUUCGGGCCCUUCGAAACAGUGCAUCGCUGGCGGCGCCUCCCGCCCUGCGACGAGUUCGUGGGUGCCCGGCGCAGCAAGCACACAGUGGUGGCAUAUAAGGAUGCCAUCUAUGUAUUUGGUGGAGACAAUGGAAAGACAAUGCUCAAUGACCUCCUGCGGUUCGAUGUGAAGGACUGCUCCUGGUGCAGAGCCUUUACCACUGGCACCCCACCAGCCCCACGCUACCACCACUCAGCUGUUGUAUACGGAAGCAGCAUGUUUGUAUUUGGAGGCUAUACUGGAGAUAUUUAUUCCAAUUCUAACUUGAAGAAUAAAAAUGACCUUUUUGAAUACAAGUUUGCAACUGGCCAGUGGACCGAAUGGAAGAUAGAAGGACGGUUGCCGGUUGCCAGGUCAGCCCAUGGGGCCACAGUGUACAGUGACAAGCUAUGGAUCUUUGCGGGCUAUGAUGGCAAUGCCAGGUUGAACGACAUGUGGACAAUUGGCCUCCAAGACCGAGAACUCACUUGCUGGGAAGAGGUUGCCCAGAGUGGCGAGAUCCCACCAUCCUGCUGCAACUUCCCUGUGGCUGUGUGCCGGGACAAGAUGUUUGUGUUCUCAGGACAGAGUGGAGCCAAGAUAACCAACAACCUUUUCCAGUUUGAAUUCAAGGACAAGAUGUGGACACGCAUCCCUACUGAGCACCUGCUCCGGGGCUCCCCACCCCCUCCACAGCGGCGCUAUGGACACACCAUGGUGGCCUUUGACCGCCAUCUCUAUGUGUUUGGGGGUGCAGCAGACAACACAUUGCCCAAUGAGCUGCACUGCUAUGACGUGGAUUUCCAGACCUGGGAGGUUGUCCAGCCCAGCUCUGACAGCGAGGUCGGUGGGGCUGAGGUGCCUGAGCGUGCUUCCGCUUCUGAGGAGGCACCUACCCUAACCUCAGAGGAGCGGGGUGGCUUUAAGAAGUCCCGUGAUGUGUUUGGCCUAGACUUUGGCACCACCUCGGCUAAGCAGCCCACCCAGCUGGCCUCAGAGCUGCCCAGCGGGAGGCUUUUCCAUGCAGCUGCUGUCAUCUCUGAUGCCAUGUACAUCUUCGGGGGCACUGUGGACAACAACAUUCGCAGUGGGGAAAUGUACAGGUUCCAGUUCUCUUGCUACCCCAAGUGCACGCUACAUGAGGACUAUGGGCGCCUAUGGGAGAGCCGCCAGUUCUGCGAUGUGGAGUUUGUGCUGGGUGAGAAGGAAGAGUGUGUGCAGGGCCAUGUGGCCAUUGUCACUGCUCGGAGCCGCUGGCUCCGUAGGAAAAUCGUGCAGGCUCGGGAGCGGUUGGCUCAGAAGCUGGAGGAGGAAGGAGCCCUGGCUCCAAGGGAGGCCCCCAAUACAGCUGUGUGCAGGCCACGACUACCACUGUUUCAUGUGGCCAUCCGUGAGGCUGAGGCCAGGCCCUUCGAGGUGCUCAUGCAGUUCCUGUACACAGACAAGAUCAAGUACCCACGGAAAGGCCACGUGGAGGACGUUCUGCUCAUCAUGGACGUAUACAAGUUAGCCCUGAGCUUCCAGCUGUGCCGCCUUGAACAGCUGUGUCGGCAGUACAUCGAAGCCUCCGUGGAUCUGCAGAAUGUGCUGGUUGUGUGUGAGAGUGCUGCCAGACUGCAGCUGGGCCAGCUCAAGGAGCACUGCCUAAACUUCGUGGUGAAGGAGUCCCACUUCAACCAGGUGAUCAUGAUGAAGGAGUUUGAGCGCCUCUCCUCCCCACUGAUUGUGGAGAUUGUGCGGCGGAAGCAGCAGCCAUCCCCUCGUACACCCUCAGAUCAGCCUGUGGACAUUGGCACAUCUCUGAUCCAGGACAUGAAGGCAUACCUGGAGGGAGCAGGCUCAGAGUUCUGUGACAUCACACUACUGCUGGAUGGCCAGCCACGGCCUGCCCACAAAGCCAUCCUGGCUGCCCGCUCUAGCUACUUUGAGGCCAUGUUCCGGUCCUUCAUGCCAGAGGACGGGCAGGUGAAUAUUUCCAUCGGGGAGAUGGUGCCCAGCAGGCAGGCCUUUGAGUCUAUGCUGCGUUACAUCUACUACGGUGAGGUCAACAUGCCCCCUGAAGACUCACUCUACCUUUUUGCAGCCCCCUACUAUUACGGCUUCUAUAACAACCGACUACAGGCAUACUGCAAGCAGAACCUAGAGAUGAAUGUGACCGUGCAGAAUGUGCUGCAGAUUCUGGAGGCAGCUGACAAGACACAGGCACUGGACAUGAAGCGGCACUGCCUGCACAUCAUUGUGCACCAGUUCACCAAGGUCUCUAAGCUGCCCACACUGCGGUUGCUGAGCCAGCAGCUGCUGCUGGACAUCAUAGACUCCCUGGCCUCCCACAUCUCUGACAAGCAGUGUGCAGAGCUGGGUGCUGACAUCUGAGGAUCUCUGUGGGCCCUGUUUGGAGAAUGAUGCUGCCAGAUUGGUCACAUCUCAACCUGCAGAGUGACCACACCUGUGGGGCCAAGGGUCCCCAGUUUCUGCACAGCUGUGGACACAGGUCCCACAGAAAAUGGCAAGUGGAAGCAGGCUCCCUUUCCACCUGACACCUCUCUGGGGUGGGAGGCCAGGGCUCAGGGACACCAUUCAGCUGUAGAGAUGCUGGAAGUGUGGCUUUGGGUUCCCCAAGGAUGUAUUGUGGAUCUACACACUAGAUCCCACUGUCAAGGGAUGAGGGCUUAGCAGUAUCUCCAGCAACUGGGCUGUACCCUAUUCUCCCAAAGUCUGUGAGGAUUUCUUACCCCAGAGCUUAUGAAUGGGGACCAGUAACAGUGGUCUGACCCUAGAAAUGAAUUUUGGAGGGUUUUGCUCCCAGCCCAUAGGGCAGCCAAGCUAUACUUAGCCUAGCUUCCAGCAGAGCUCCAUGUUCUAGCCUACACCGUACAUACCUGGGCCAGAAAGCCAGCAGAGAUGUCCCUAUGUAUUUAUUCUGUCAUAGACAUGCCUCCAUUAAAGCCACAGCAGCACUGCAUACAUGUUUUGCUGGCAUAUAGUUGCCACCACUAGCCUCUGCCCCUCCGUACCACCAGUCUGUAGCCCCAUGGCCUAGAUGUCCUAGAAGUGAGUUCAGCCUGUCUUACCCAUGUCAACAACUCACAUGGGGAGGGGACUAGGGGAAUCAUCCAGGCCAGCUCCUCCCCUCCUGAGAGCCCUGGCCAGUUCAGGGCAUCCACCCUUGUCACCCUAGCAGGUCAUCAACGUCUGCAUCCCAGCGCAGCAGUUUACCUUUUUUGGGACCAAGUGCAGGAACCCACUUUGUCCUAUCUCCUGGGAAGCCAGAUCUUUUGUGGGAAAUGCUUCUUGGCCUUAAGAACUCAUUUCUUUACUCUGUUCCAUCCAGCCCUUGCUGUGGGACUCUAGGUAGAUAGGCCCUGGUUUACAGGCUGGUACCCUUAGCUGAAGUUAGCAGAACCACAGAGCUAGCCAGCUAUAAAGUAGCCUGGUAUAGGAUGACCUGGGAAGAGAGGUGUAGGGCAAGGGCUGAGGCAGGUGGCCAUGCCAAAGAACAGUCCUUUGAAGAAGCAGCAGGCUACAGCUAAGGUUGGUAGUAGGGGAUGUCAGUAUCUAAAGUACCAGCCCAAAGUGGCCAGCCAGGCAGGUGAGUCAACUGUGCUGUACCACAUAGCCAUGUCCCCAAGACAGCCUCAUUCAAUCUUCUGCUUCUGGGGUGAGGGGCAGGGUGUGAAAGUCCCAAAUUGCAAACCCUGCUCCAUUGUGACACUUGUAACCAGCCUGUCUGCUGUCUCCUCUACAUAGAAUAUGAAUAAAGCUAUACACCCAGGGCCCCCAAAAGAAAACUUCA